AUGGGUCUCUUGCAGCCCGUGCCCCCAAACAGAGUAAACCCCGAAUCACCUUCCUAUCAAAGGGGCGUACGUUGUGCUUACCACUCUGGGGCAGAGGGACAUGAAACCAAAAAUUGCUGGACCCUAAAACGAGCAGUAGAGGAUUUGAUAGACCAAAAGAAGAUAUUGUUGAGAGAUGAAGAAAUCCCAAACGUAACUGAUAACCCGCUGCCUGCUUACAACAACGGGCCGGUCAUCGGAAUGAUCUGCGAGGACAAAGAAUUUGAUCCCGCCCUGAAAGCCAUAAUAGCCAUUGCCGAGGCAGACAGAAAACCAAAAGUUGCCCCCAAAAAUAUUGAAGGAAAGAAAAUGAAUGAAGCCAAAUGCCUAGAAGCAGAGAAAACGCCUGAGAUCAAAACUGAGUCGCCAACCAAGGAAACAAUACUCUACAUCCCACGAGGGCAUCAAGAAAAACAUCCCACUUUGAGCCCCCCAAGAAGAUUUGAUCUGAACAAAACCAUGUAUGUACCCAAGAAAGCCUAUGUGGUAUGGGGAUCGAUUAAACCACCGGUGCUGAAUGAGCCCGUGGUAAUCGGUCGCUCACCACAGAAGCCCAUGACAAACCCUUCGGCCAUCCCUUGGAAUUACCAAGAAACCAUCAUUACAUACAAGGGUAAAAAAAUCGUCGUGGAAAAUCAAAAAGGCUAUCCUACAAAGAAAUACUCAGAUAUGGAAGAGGUGAACGCUGCCACCAUACGGCGAUUUCCACCUAAGAAACCAGUGAAUGCUGAGGAGGCAGAAGCCUUCUUCCAGAAAAUUAAAAUGCUAGAGUACGAAGUGGUGGAUCAGCUCCCAAAAUCUCCUGAGCAGGUUUCUUUAUUGUCACUCUUGAUGAAAUCUCCCGAGCACCAACAGGUGUUGGCCAAAACAUUGAACGAAGCCUAUGUACCGGCUGAGACCUCUGUGGAGCAACUAGAGAAAAUGGUGGAGAGAUUUUUCGCUAUUAACCAGGUCUCGUUCAGUAAGAAUGACUUACCUCCAAAGGGAGCUACUCGUAACAAAGCCUUGCACCUCACCGUCAAGUGCGAGGGAUAUUAUGUCAAAAGAGUGAUGAUCGACGGAGGUUUCAGAGUAGACAUAUGCCCACUGUCUACCUUGCAGAGAAUGGAGAUUGGGACAGAAAGGAUCCGUCCUAAUAACGUGUGUGCCCAAGCCUUCGAUGGAAUCAAGAGAGACACCAUAGAAGAAAUUGACUUGGUACUCACCAUUGGUCCAGUCGACUUCAAAGUAACAUUUCAGGUGUUGGAUAUGGACACCUCCUAUAACUACCUCCGAGGAAGGCCAUGGAUUCACGCAGCAGGGGCAGUACCUUCUACGCUGCACCAAAUACUGAAAUUUGAACAUGAAAACUAG